AUGCCAGAGAAGAAUAGAAAUGUAGGGGCUGAGGAUGAUGGAGAUACAGACAGUCAUGGUGCAGAAAGGGUAGAUGCCUAUAGUCAAGUGGAUGAGGACCAGGAUGAUGAGAGGCAGGAUGCAGGGGAAGGUCAGCAUGAUCAGGGAGCUGUGGAAAAUGGGCACAUGACACCUGACCAUUCUCAAGCUAGCAAAAAUAUCUGGAAAGUCCAAGACAAUCUCUUUGAUAGAGAUUUGCCUACUUUUCUAGGAGAGUGGAAAUUCAAUGUGGAGGGAAGAGAGCCCAUAGACUUCUCCAGACAUCUGUUUCCAGCAGAUCUCAUUGAUGAUAUAGUGAAAAACACCAACUUGUAUGCUCCCCAGAAAGGGAAAGAAAAUCUGGUAGUGACAGGAGAAGAAAUGCAGACUUUUUUAGGGAUCAACAUGAUCAUGGGGUACAUUCGUUAUCCCGGGGCACAAAUGUACUGGUCUAGUGAGGAUGGCCUUCAUCUAGGGAUGAUUGCAAAUGCCAUGUCUGUAAACAGAUAUGAGCAAAUCCUGUGCUCAUAUAAAGCCUGUGUGCCACUGUGCCCUGGAUGCUUUGCCAACUUUCAUACAUCCUAG